GCAACAUCUCAGAAGUUAGACAGCGUGACGUGCUAGCAUCUCAUUCCUGUACUGAAAACAUCGCUCUUCGCUUUUGUUUUGUAAAAAUAGGCUUUAAUUUCCGUUGAGGCGGUGGAAUGGCGGGAAAGAAGAAAGAAGCGAGUCUGCAGAUGUCUGUCACAAACCAAGAGCAGUGGGAGGAAAUGCUCGCGACCAAAGGUUUAACAGUUGUGGAUGUGUACCAGCAGUGGUGUGGACCCUGUCGAGCUGUUGUUAGUCUGUUAAGAAAAAUAAAGAAUGAGCUGGGUGAUGAUCUUCUACAUUUUGCCACAGCAGAAGCAGACAGUAUUGAUGCUCUGGAGAGGUAUCGAGGGAAAUGUGAGCCCACCUUCCUCUUCUAUGGGGGUGGAGAACUAGUGGUGGUGCUGCGAGGGGCGAAUGCCCCCCUCCUUCAGAGGGCAAUAGUGGAGGAACUAGCCAAGGAAAAGUUGGUCCUGGAGCGAGGUGGUGAACGCAGCGUGGUUCAAGAUGAUGCUCUGGAGGAUGAAGAGACAGCAGAGGAGGAGGAGGUGCUUCAGCAGACAGAAUAUGAAGAAAACAUAGUCGUUCCUGCCAGUAAAUCCUACACAGUGGCCAUCAUCAAACCAGACGCUGUUGCUCAUGGCAAGGCAAAUGAGAUCAUUAUGAAGAUUCAGGACGCUGGCUUUGAGAUCCUCGCCCAUGAAGAACGCACGCUGACUGAAGCGGAGGCUCGAGACUUUUACCGGCACAGAUCGGCAGAGGUCUACUUUGAAGACUUAGUCCAGUUCAUGUCCAGCGGCCUGUCCCAUAUCCUGGUGCUGUCUCAGGCCGAGGACUCAGUCAGCGUUGUAUCUGCAUGGCACGAGUUUAUCGGCCCUGCAGACAUCGAAGAAGCCAAGAGAGAAAAGCCGGAGAGCUUGCGGGCACAAUACGGCACACAGGCGCUGUUCAACGCAGUGCACGGUAGUGAGGACAUCGACCAGGCCAGCAGGGAGCUCACCUUCCUCUUCCCCAACUUUAGGACGGCGUCAGUGACGGAGCAGGAUGGGGAGGAAGAGCAUGUGGAGAGGACGCUGGCUCUUAUCCGGCCUGACGUUGCCAAAGAGAACAGAGAAAAGAUCCUGGCCAAGAUCUAUGAGUCAGGCUUCACUGUGGCUCUGAAAAGAGAGGUGACUUUAACAGAGGAUCAGGUCAGACAGUUCUACUUCCAGCAUAUUGAGGAGGAAUUCUUCCCUGCGCUGCUCAAAAGCAUGACGAGUGGACCAGUACUGGCGCUGGCUCUAACCAGACCCGGGGCUGUAGAGCACUGGAAGAGCAUCCUUGGUUCUUCUGAUGUGAAUGAAGCCGGGGAGGAGAGUCCUGAAUGGGUUAUGAUGGCUGUGGAGGACAAAUCUAUCAGCUCGCUCCAUGGCAGUGCAAACCAGGAAGAUGCAGAACGUGAAAUCAGCUUCUUCUUCCCUAAACAGCAAACACUGGCUGUGAUCAAACCUGAUGCCACGGAGGAACACAAAGAGAAGAUUCUGGAGGAGAUCAGCGGCAGAGGUUUCACUGUGAGGCAACAGAAAGAGGAGGUGCUGACGAGGGAGACGGCUGAGGAGUUUUACAAAGAGCACAGAGAGAAGCCUUUCUUCAGCCAGUUGGUUGAAUUCAUGUGUAGCGGAUCUUGUUUGAUGCUCGUUCUGUCUAAAGAAAACGCAGUGGAGGAUUGGAGGGCCAUGAUGGGUCCCACAGACCCUGUCCAAGCUAAAGAGACAUCCCCAAACUCUCUGAGGGCUCGCUUUGCCUCCGACAUCCUUCACAACUCAGUCCACGGCUCCUCCACUGAGGCUGGAGCAGAGGAAGAGAUACGACUCAUCUUUGGUGAAAUCAGCUCAGACUCAGAGCUCGCCGGUGAUGGAGAGACUGACAAGGCCGUCUCAGAAAAGGAUGAAGACAAUCCUACAGAUGACAACUCAGAAAAGUCGAGAUCUUCAACUGAAGGAAUGUCUGAAAACAAGCAAAACAAAGGUGACCAAGACGAUUCAAAACCUGGCAGCCCACAGACAAGAGGAGACGAUCCAGAGGACUCAAACUAAAUCAAACUUUGUUCUUAGUAUGGACAUUUCUCCUGUGUUCUGUAGAAUGACGGGGGGGAAAGCACAAAUCUGUUAUCCUGUAAAUCAUGGAAUAAA